AUGUUUACGAACAGGAUUGUUAGGUUUUUACGUAAAAAAAUUGUGCUGGCUGCAUUAUUUACAUUUUCACUUUGUUAUUGCGUGUUUCAUUGGUUACCUGAAAGUGAUAUGUCAUCUGACGACAUGGUGGAGAAACCUGUAAAUAUACCUGCACAGUCUUUCAAGUGGCACACAUCCUGGGAUAAAUCAAAUCACUCAAAUUCAAAAAUUACGUCUUGUAGAAAUUCUAUUCAAGGAAAAGUAUUCAUAGCAGAUGAUAAAGGGUAUGUUUGUCAUAGGCAUGAUGUACUUUCAACUGGUUGUUGCAAUGUAGAAUCUACAAACACAAAGCGGUAUCAUUGUGAAUCAUGUCAUGAAAAUGGUUGUUGCAGUAUAUAUGAAUAUUGCAUAUCAUGUUGCUUGCAGCCUGAAAAGCGUGUCUUACUGCAGAAAAUUUUGGGAAAAGCUUCUGAAACUUUCAACAUUUUGUUCGCAUCAAUAACUGACCACUUUGAAUUAUGUUUGACUAAAUGUCGGACUUCUUCUCAAAGUGUACAACAUGAAAAUUCUUACACUGACCCAAAAGCAAAGCAUUGCUAUGGGGAAUCCCCUCCUGCUAUUCAACUUGGGAGCUCAUAA